AGCUGCAGUCAUUGAUGUCGCUCAUCUGUUGUGGCUGCAGAAUGGGAAUUGCUAUUUUAUUCUGUUGUUAGGGAUUUUCUUCCUUUAAAUCUUAAAGGUGUCGCUGUACCUGUAAAGAAGUUUAAUCAUGAAUCAAGACACAUAUGCCGUCCACUGCUGCUGUUUAAAGAAGACCAAGAAAAAGACUAAUGCCUAGGAUUAAUAAGACUGUCAUUUUGGCCCUCCUCACUGUUACAAGCUCUCUGUUUCUCUUGUUUCAACUGUAUUAUUACAGGCUAUAUUUGUCUAAGGAUGGAACACGUAAUUUCAUUGAUAAAGGUAGCACGUCAUCAAGCAGUGCCCAGUGGAAUGUUGUCAAGAAAUUCCUGGACUUGGUGGCCAGACAUCAUUUACCCGUAUACCUGAUUGAUCCUGUAAUCCUGAGGUUGUUGACGUCCGAUUCUCUGCUGCUUAAGGAAAGCGACCCAAAAGAACAAAGCUGCAAGUUGCUAUGCACAGAAAGGAAAUUCAUCACAUUUGCACUUUUUGCUAAACUUUGGAAAUAUGAUAGUGCCCUGGCUCACUCAGCUGGAGAAUAUGGGUUUGAGCUGCUUGAACUCCGAGGAAAAGAUCCUCGUCUUGCCGGCAUGGAUGACUUAUCUGGGAUGGAGAUUCCUCUGCACUUUCUGUUCAGGCUACAGUCUUUCGCCGUCCACCUAGUAGUGUUUUAUGAAAGAAGUGGCAAUUAUCUUUGGCAUGGGCCCCUACGACUAAAAUCAGACAUGGACAAAAAGUUUGUUCCUUUCCGAAAACUAGACUUUGGUCGCUAUGCGGGAGCAUAUGAUAGACCAGAACUACUGCUAACUACUCUUGAUGGACUGCAGGUCCACAUUCCGAAGAAUAUUUCUCGCUUCUUGGAUGAAGUGACCGGUGCGAGGUUUCUAGAAUGCCGAUAUAAGGAAGCUCGGGUUUUUUAUCAGCAAUACCCUUAUGACACCUCCCAAGAUGCAGUGGAGUUUAGGAAAAAAGCCAAGGCCUUACUUCUCUUAGCUGCAGAGACUCUGAACAGCCUGGGGGUGAGAUUCUGGCUUAGUAGUGGGACAUGUCUUGGCUGGUUUAGACAGUGCAAUAUUAUUCCAUACAGUAAGGAUGUUGACCUAGGAGUAUGGAUAAAGGACUACAGAUCGGACAUUAUUGCAGCAUUUGAAAAGGCAGGCCUGCCAAUUAAACACAGGUUUGGAAAGGUAGAGGACAGCCUUGAGUUGUCCUUCCAAGGUACUGAUGUGAAACUUGAUAUCUUCUUCUUCUAUGAGGAAGACAACUAUGUGUGGAAUGGAGGAACACAAGCUAAAACUGGCAAAAAAUUCAAAUACAUUUUCCCCAAGUUUACCUUGUGCUGGACCGAGCUAGCAGAGUUAAAAGUUCGGGUUCCCUGUGAAACACUGAAAUAUAUUGAAGCAAAUUAUGGAAAGAACUGGUAUAUUCCACUGAAAAUAUGGGACUGGAAGAGCUCUCCUGCCAAUGUCCAAGAAAACGGAAUCUGGCCAUUAAGGGAGUGGGACGAAGUCAUUCAAGUUUACUGAUCAAGAAUACGCUUCAUUGGAUGGUCAGGGUUGCGGUGGUACCAAAACAAGCUGGACUGACGAAGUCACUCUGUCCUUAGCAGCUUCCUUCAGCUCCUUUAUAGGUGAAAUCCUGUAUGAAACUAAGACAUCUAAUCCCACCAUUGUGUUCUGUGUCUUCUCCCAGGUGGUCAUGUAUGGUACAUCCCUUUUGUAGAAGGCAACCAAUAUGCAUUCUGACAACUUGGCCGCACAACCUGUGCUGGCUCAGUUCUGUUUGGAGAAGCUACAGUUCAAUUCUGAUGUCCUACUGCAUUGCUGAGCCUGGCAACCCUGUGCUUGAACUUGCCUUUCAUUUUUUCAGUAACUUGUACCCAAAUCUUGUCACCGAAGUCGAUGAUGGCGAUUUAGAUUGGCUGGUAAGACUGGUAAGUGUAAAGCCACUGCACAGAUUUGAUGGCCAAUCACUAUCAUUUUUAACAUGUCAAGUGAACAAAAUUGUGAGGUACUUAAACUCCUCUUCUGGAUUCCGCUGCUCCAGUCCACCUUCUCUACAGAUUCCAAACCUGUCUUUUCUGAGAGAGGACUAUGUCCCCAUAUUUGGAGGUGCUAAUGCCCAUCACACUCCGCUGUGUCCUGUUUCAUUGUGCACCAGAGUCUAUUGAGGCCAAGAGAACAACGUUAUCUACAAACAGCAAGAAAGGCAAACCUUAGGACCCCAGAUCAGAACUCUGCAGAAUGCAAAUGCACCUUGAUGUCCUGUCCAUGAAUAUAACGAUGCACACUUGGCAGAGUCCAGUGACCCAUGGUGCAAAAUUAUUUGUUUUCCAUCUUGGAAUGUGGAUACUCUUUUUGUAUUUAGAGUAAAACAAAGUCUAAAAUGUUCUCACUGCUCUGACAGUUUUAACAAAAAUGAGUAGUAAACGAAGAACGUUGAAUAGAAUUUAAUGUUAUUAGCGUCAGGGCUACAUUGAUUAUAGUUGAGUGAAAUGUACAGUGUAAAUGUGCUGAAGUAGGCUGCACACUUUAGGAGUUUAAGAUUAGAUUAUCUUUAAAAAUGUCAUGUGUCUUGUGCUGCUCAUGUGUUCACUUUAUACAGCAGAUACUAAUGAGAAUUUAUCAGAAGACCAGAUUUGGGCUACAAUCAAGUAGCGGUUCCCCAGAAGAACAUGUCCUGACAUGGCUUCAAAGGUAUCAUUUUUGCAAAACCCUUUCUCAAUAGUACUUGACAACAUUUUUUUUUUUCCUGAAAACUUUUUGGUGAUUAUGAGAGACAGCUUCAAGCUGAACACAAAUAUAAUUUCGUACUGACCGCAUCAUGUAGCAAUUUGGAGAAACGUGAAAUUAACUUGUAUCGAGUUUAGUGUGUUUAGUCAUUUAAUGAUACGGACACAUUGCGUUAGUUCAAUUUGCUUCCGAUUUUCGUUUGUACUUUGUAUCUGAUGCUUCUCGUGUCAUUGUCCAGCAAUGAUGGAUUCUUCUUGCCCUGAUGCUGCUUUUCCAUCAUUGUAAUGUCCUGCUGAAAUGUUUCGUAUUGUUCAGCAAUGAUCGGACCAACAUUAGCAGAGAUAAAAUCCAAAUGUGAAUGCAGGCAAUGAAUCUUUGACAGUAGACCUCUUCAGCACCGCUAUUCAGUAGCUCCACUAGACAGCCAAUUGCAUUGCAGGUUUUUGUCACCUGGUUUACUCGACUGUCAGAUAACCCUUCCCCAACCCUAACCCUAACCAUCGUGUAACCAGUGAUAUCUUUGAUGUAUAAUACAGGGCGACAACUUCCUCAACAGAGUAGAGCUCCGGAGAUCUGCAGCUGGAGUUUAAUUAAAUCUUUUCCGUCAUGGUUUUCUGUGUCUGAAACAAGUUGUCAACCAACUGGACAUAGUUGACGAAUCCUUAGUGGCCAGGAAAAUUCUCAACAACUUAUUUGAAUCCCUUCCAUACAAUUUCCUCCGGCCCCACUAGAAGAUCUUCAACACAUUUGUCAUUGAUGGCGUGUCUGUCUAGUGAACCAAGAAAAGAGUUACCUCAAUUUUGGCCUUAAUUCUUCAUGCAAACAUCUCUCUUCAUAUUGAAACCCUUCAUCCUUGUCGUUGAUCGCAUUCAUUAGAUUUUUUUCAUCAGUUUUAUUUGAUGAGGAGGCGAAGAUAUCUUUGUUGUCUCCACAAGUGGUUGAUGUGCCACAUGUUUUUCUGCUCAUUGAGCGGCCAGUUCUUUUGAAUGUAAUGAGACUCUUUA